AUGGGCAUGAAUGACGCCGCUGUCGGUGCCCUCAUUCCUUAUCAUAAGCCUGACGUCGGGGCUCAGAUCGAAACUUACUACAAUAUCACGUACACCGUCGUCGCCUUACUCUUCCUUUCGCCAUUUCUUGGCUACCUGGUGGCAGCCUUAUCCAACAACCUCAUACACCACAAGCUCGGUCAGCGAGGCGUUGCAGUACUUGGUCCCAUCAGUCGCAUGAUCGGUUACAUACCUCUCGUCUCUCACCCGCCUUACCCCGUCCUCCCUGUCGUCUUGCUUUUCGCCGGUUUCGGCAACGGCCUCGAAGACAGCGCCUGGAACGCCUGGGUUGGCAAUAUGCAGAACGCAAACGAGUUGCUUGGGUUUCUUCACGGUGCAUAUGGCCUGGGCGCGACCAUCGGCCCCCUGGUCGCCUCUGCUAUGGUAACUAAGGGCAAGCUGCCGUGGUACUCCUUCUACUACGUCAUGAUUGGUGUCACCGCGGUGAACUUCGUGGCCGCCAUCACGGCGUUCUGGGGCGCAACUGGCAAGAUACACAGGGACACCCACCAGUCUUCGACGGGGGAGAAGAGAACGACAACUAUGACCGUAGUGCGUCAACCACUCACAUGGCUUCUGGCCUUGUUUCUCUUGGGCUAUGUUGGAGCAGAAGUCAGCCUGGGUGGGUGGGUUGUUACCUUUAUGCUUCGCGUGAGGCACGCCGAACCUUUUCUGGCUGGCGUCACCGUGGUGCUGUUCUGGCUGGGACUGACGUUAGGCAGAGUCAUUUUGGGCUUUAUAACGGGGCGCAUAGGAGAGAAGCGCGCGAUCGCAAUCUAUCUUGUCACUUCACUCGCGCUCCAACUGCUCUACUGGCUCGUCCCCGAUUUUAUCGCCUCCGUCAUCUUCAUCACGUUCCUCGGCUUCUUCCUCGGCCCCCUUUUCCCCGCCGUCAUCGUCACCGCGACCAAAUUGCUCCCCAACGACUACCAUGUGGGAGUGAUUGGAUUUGCUGCUGCCUUUGGCGGCGGCGGCGCAGCGAUCUUCCCUUUUGCCAUCGGGGCCAUCGCCCAGAGCAAAGGCGUCAAGGUGCUACAGCCAAUCAUCUUGGCCCUUCUCAUCUUUCUCUUAAUUUUAUGGCUUUGCGUCCCGGGUGGAUUCAAGAGAGGCGGGCUCGAGAGGGCAAGGGAAAACAAGGAGGGUCUUGGUAGCGAUGCCAAGAGUCUAUUUUCGUCGAUGAAGCAACUGCUUCGAGGUCGAGGCUAA